CACGGCCGAUGCGUGGCUACACUCCCUAGAGAGUUGAGGAAGUCGGAAAGCUUCACCAUGAUGCGAAAGUGCGGAGCAUGACGGACUCGAAGGUGAUGCUUUUUUUUUUUUUUUCUUCUUCCGAGAUACCCAAUUCUAGCCCUCGUCGCAGACUGACUGAUUGACACGCAAUGCAGGAGCAUUUCGACCAAGGACCCGAAUAUGACACCGAGUUCCCCAACCAGUGGCCCGAGGACCCCCAGUUAUCCGGCUUCCGGCCCUUUAUGGAGGCAUUCUACCGCAAAUGCGAUGAGAUCUGCCUGCGGCUGAUGGAGGCCCUGGAGAUGGCAUGGGGCAUUGAGGACGGGUCGCUAGUCGCGCGCUGCGUGCCCAGUGCCACCGAUCUGCGACUGACGCAUUACCCUGCCAUCACCGUCGAGGAGAUGCAGUCGGGGCGUACCAGCCGCAUCGCACCGCACACCGAUUUCGGGCCCAUCACGCUGCUGUUUCAGGAUAGCACGGGCGGGCUGGAGAUCGAGGAUCGCACCAGUCCGGACCCCGACUCCUUUAUCCCGGUGCCGCCGACGCAGCUCUCCGAAAUGAUCGUCAAUGUCGGCGACACUCUGACGCGGUGGACCAACGGCAAGAUCACCGGCGGAGUCCACCAGGUCACCACGCCCGACGCCAUGAAGCAUGCCAACACCAUGACCAUUCCAUCUCGCAUGUCCAUGGCUUAUCUCUCCAAGGCGGGUCGCGAUGUCUCCGUCGGGCCGUUGCCCAGAUUUGUCUCCCGUACUGAACCCGCCCGUUACCCGGACAUCACCGCCCUGGAGUUCCAAAGAUGGAGGAACAGCAUCGUGUACAAUCUCGACAAGAAGGAGUAUCCGAACGGGGUGGAGGGCUUGACUGGCUUGGCGGAGGCCUACGUCUGACCAUGCGACGAAAUGCAAACGAUAUAUUGUAUUGCUGUAUUUUCACCACUUGAUCCUCCAAUCCCAUCCCUUGAUCUUGAUCCGCACC